CUAACCGAAUCUGAAAUGAAGUAUGUCGGAUGGCUAGAUCCAUCACAGAAAGUAUCCUUAUCAGACGGGCGACUCUCGGAAUUGAGGAAUUCAUUUCUUCGCUCCUUUUUCUCACGUAUUUCGAAAUUUUGGGAUAAAAAGAUACCCACUUCCCCUACACAGCAAUCAGAUGCCAAAGAAAGAGACUCUUUUAAUAAUGGGAAAUUGCGGUUGAAAAAAUAUCCAGGCGGAUCCGAUGUCGCCUCUAAUGCUCGCUUAGUAAUUGGAGUUUGCCACACUCUUUUUGAAGCAGCUUCGCUGGAUGGCUCAGGUUUCGAAAUAUUUGGCUCAUCCAUGGAAAAGCUUCCAUUCGAAGCUAUUGGUUGGGAGCUAUACCCCUCUGGAUCUGCUGGCGAACAUGUUAAGACAAAAGUUGUCACGGAUGAUGGUAUUACGAUCGAGAUUCUGAAAAUUUUUCCAAAAGACUCUUUAAGAAAGCGGAUGGUUGUCAUUGGAAAGAUUGGAUUUCAAUAUUUUGUCGCUAUGAAGGGUGCAUCGGAUAUCUUGCUCCCCCAAUUCAGAUGGUCUUGUGAUCAAGAUAGAAUAUCAUACUUGCAGCAAAGCAUGGCGCUGGGGUCCUCUGGAUAUCGAAUUAUGGCCCUUGGUCUUAAAUGGCUUCCAUCUCGAACAAACGUGGAGGAUUUUGAUGAUGACGAAGAAGACGAUCAAUUUACAUUCUCCUCCAUUACGGACCCUUUCGUUGCUGAAGGUUUGAUUGGCGUUGAUGGUGAUCCUCUUUUUUCGUAUCUCGGAAUGGUGGCGUUUGAAAGUGCCCCCAAAAAUGCCUCAUUAGCCACUUUGAAGCUGCUUCGUGAAUCGGGCCAUCAGACUGUUAUGAUCACUGGAGACUCUAUGGAAACCGCAGCCGCUGUUGGUCAUCGACUGGAGUUUUUCAAAGAAAAUAGUAUAUUUUCGGUAGACAUUGAAGCUCAUAAUAUCGAUCAUGGCAGCCAAAUUCGUCUGUCUGUCAAAUGUAAUCUGGGAAGUUUUGGUUCCAAGAACGGCCGAGAUGAUGACUAUUUGAUUGAACUAAUGAAUACCGCAGAGUUAUUGACGCCCCAUCAGCUGUACAGGCGCCUUUCGCGAAACAGCAGACUGAUACUUUCAAAUUCUGCCUUUUCCGCUUUAAUUGAAUGGAAUGAAGCCUUUUUUGUAAAAAACAUCUUACCAAAGGUGUCCGUUUUUGCCAGAUCAACUCCAGAUAACAAGCAGGCAGACAUUGGAGUUGCAUUGCUAGAUUCACCUCAGUUUAUUAGCGAUGGUAUUUUUGAAAGACCCAAAAAUACAGAUGAAUCAGCGUUCCAGGAUUUCAUGGAUAUUCCAAGAAAGCCGUUUUGGUUAUUGAAAAAAAUCAGCCAGACCACAACCGAUUUUGCCGUGGUGGCUCCAUUUACUUCGUACGUUUUGGACAUAUCCUGUGUAACUAAGAUUCUUCGGCUUGGCAGAGCGUCGGCAUAUUACAGAUAUCGUCUUUUUCUAGUAUUUUUCAUUGUCUCAUUCCUUUCUGCUGUUGUUCAAGUACUUUGGGGUCUUUCUUUUUUAAACGAAAAUUCGAUUUUCCUUCUAAUUUCGUUCGGUCUUGGCUCAUUUUCUUGGGAUAUGAUGCCUGGAUUCUUUCGGCUUCUCGCAUCUAUCUCCUCCCUGGUCAAUUUGGUACUGAUGUUGAUUCGAAUUGCAUUCAAUUUUGCAUCGGGUACCCUUAUCGCCAUGCUGCGAACCAUCAACCCCAUGCUCGCCAAUUUGGCUUUAAAAUUGUCAAAUUACAUUUUAGACCUGUUCUCUCAUGUCCAAAGGAAGUUUAAAGAGCUUCGUCAAUAUGGCGACAAUAAGAAGAAACGCAAUCCUGACUCUAAGAAUUUCCCAGAAGGAGAGAACAUUGGAGUGUAUGGGUUCUACACGCCCCUGCUGUUGGAAAGGCCUCCUGUUUCAAUAAUGAACCUUCGUUCCAUCCUCAUCGGCACUACCCAAGUCCUUUGGCAUCUGUUUGUUCUGCAAUAUUAUAUUAGGGCCGAACUUUCUUCAAUGUUCGAUUCCUCUGAUGGAAUUUUUCUACUCAAAGUGCCCCUUUCGUAUCUUUCCUUCUUUAUUGUUCUUUCUGUAAUUUUCACCAACUACUCCGGGCGCCCGUACGUGCUUCCCAUCUAUUAUAAUACCCCCUUGAUUUCCAUCAUUAUUUUCCAGAUUCUUUAUAUGAUGUACAUUAUCUAUUUCCAAUCUGGCCUAUCCAAUUCUAAGAUCAAAAGAUUACUGUUCAUUGCUUUGGUCGAUAUAGUGGGGCCAUUGGUUAUGCUUGUAAUAUUUACGUUCAUUUCCAUAUUUAUUGCCUAUUUGAACUGGAUCAUUCUUGCUUGUUUGAUAAUUUUUUCCGUUAUCACUGUUAAUAAACAAAGAUAA